CGUCCGCAUCUCGCACUGCUACCAAAUACAGUCUCCAAAACGCUCCAUUUGUCGCGACCCGCGACUUGACUUUCAACUCAUAUUUGUCUUGCAGUUGGACUGGGCAGUCGAUGCCGACACGAGGCGCCUCAAAUUAUUAUCCUUUUGUCUCUUUUCAAUUCACAUAAGGAGCAGUUGGCUUGCCCUGUGUGCGCGUCCGAAUAAUAGCAAACGCCGGGUCCAUCUUCUCCCUUGUGGACUUUCUGCGCAGCCCUUCGCGCAGUUGACUAUUCAAUUGCGAGCAAUCCCAAUCUCAACGGCGCAACCCAGCGGAAAUCGGCGCUAUCAUACACCAACAGCUCACUUCCAGCCUAAUGAUACUUUCUUAAGAGUCCACCUGCAUGUGGUCACGCUCAUCUGAGUUCCCGCCUUGUCAAAACCUCACGAUCAAAACUCCACGACAUCCACUGCAGAACCAUCAUGACGGAAGUGAAUGGUGUCUCUCCGCCGGACGCCGCUAACUCGGCGUCAACCACACACCUGGGGAAGCGCAAGCGCACAGCGUCUCCAGAUAUUUCCAAAUCGCCUGCGAAAGUGAAGGAUUCCCCGCUGCAAGCCUCUCUGCAAGAAGUUUUACGAACUCUCCGCAAACAUGAUUCCACACCGUCCUUGCUGAAAUAUCCUCUAUCCACGACCACGGAAGCUCCGGAAGCGAAAAGAGCACGUCUCGCCGAUGGGGAAGGCACCAGCGACACGGUCGAAGCCCGUAUACUGGCAGGCGCAUAUACUUCUUUCCGCGCACUCAUGGAGGAUCUCAACAAGGUCAAAGAUGCCAUCAUGAACGAUGCAACCCAGAUGGUGAAUGGAGAGGGCCAUCCUAAACCCAACAUACAGGACAAGUUGUCCAACACGAUAAAGUUGAUUGGAAUGCUGGACCCGGCAACGUCCAACGGCUCCCAGCCAAAUGGUCGGAACGACGAUGGCGAUGACUUGGCAAAGGCUAGUCUUCCCGGAUACCGCGCGCGGCACAUUCUCUCCGUUCGAAGUCAGGUCAAUGGCGGCGCGCAUCUGCUAUACUCCGGCCUAGAGACCAGUGGGCCAGGAGGAGAGGAAAGUGAGGAUAUCUAUGAACCCUCUGAACCAAAGGAAGCCCAAUUGCCAAACGGCUUCGAGAUUGCAGAGUUCACCGCUCUGGGUGGUGACGCGAAGAAACAGACGGAGGAAAAGAGGCUACUAGGCACAGUCUUUCGACCGUCCGGCCGAUUAAAACCUUUGGAUCCUCCACGACCGAAAACUACAGCGAGAGGUGGCACGUUAACCUUAGUGCCAUACUGGUCACAGAACGAGACCAACCCUCACUUCAAGCAGGAUUACAGGUUUGCAAAGUUACCCACGGGCUCAUGGAUCAGGUAUUCAGGCAGCAACAAGUCUGCAGAGAAGGAUCGGAAACGUGCGCGCCAACCAUCCACAACAACGGACUACAAAGCUGCACUGGAAGCGAACGACAUGAAACAGAAGACCGAACUCAGUGACGAAGAGCUCUACAAUUCGGUCUACUCGUCCUUUGCGCCGACCUGUGACAACUCCGGGUCGAUCUUCUCCGAGAGAUACAGAAGUCAGCUAUGGUGGCGCAGGCAUGGCGAGCAACAACUGUCCCGGAUUUUUAAGACUCACGAAGAACCCGAGGAAGUGACCCAGGAAGCAAUUGCCGAAGGCGGAGAGGAAAGUUUGGUCGGUUUGGAAGAGGCCGUUGCCAACUUUGAGCCUGAGGAAGUGGAGGACCCCUUCAAAGUCCGAAAUGAACCUGAUGAUGUGGAUGAUCUGCUCGAGCAGAUAUCAGAACUGAUUGAGACGUUGAGUUCGUACCAGAAGAAUCGCAGUCUCGAACCGCUUGCCGCAGGCAGCAUCCCCAAACCAAGUGAGCCUGAGGUGGAUGUUUUUGAAAUGCUCCGGACGCAACUGAGCAUUCUGGUGUCAUCGUUACCGCCGUUUGCUGUCGCGAAGCUCAACGGGGACCAGCUGGAAGAGUUGAACAUUUCGACCAAGUUGGUUGUCGAAGCGCCCGACUACCCGGGUACAGGCCAAGUGGACGACUAUACGCUUCGUCGACAGAAGAUGUCACAACAAGCCACGUCGGCCGUGACUCGCACCGCGACAACUCCGCAGCUUCGACCGAAUUAUACGCCGGCCCCGGUGAACGCAGGGACGUACAACACCCAGGUGCGGAAUUACAAUUCGGUCCCGGCGACGGCGGCUUAUGGGAUGCGGGCCCCGUACCAGACUCCAGCCGUACCCAGACCGGCAUAUGCACAAACGCCUUACCAACAAGCCAGCACUCCAUUCGGAAAUCGUCCCACCAUCCAACAAUUCCAGCGGUCCUUACAGAAUGGCUAUGCGAAUUAUGGCGGCACGCCUGUGCAACAGGCCCAGACUCCCGGAUACGCGCCGCGGCCGGUCCAACCAGGCUACCAAACCCCCGCCGCCAAUGUGCCCCGAACAGCCUCUCCUCAAAAGCCACUCACAAAUGCUCAACCUUAUCAAGCGAGGCAAUACCCGGUCCAGCAACCUCAAGCGCCUUAUCCGUAUCAGAGGCCCGGCUCUGCAACCCCGGGCACCCCUGGUGUUGCGGCAUCAACGCUGGCUCCUGGGUACGGCCCGGGCCAGGCACAGGCACAGGCACAGUACCCUGGAAAUGCGGCGGCUCAGCCGAGAGUUACUCCAGGCGGGCCUGCACCGCUGGCUCCUCAGGGUCAAGUUCAAGUUCCACCACAAGCUCAACCUCAUCUUCAAGCCCAGGCUCAUGCCCAGGCUCAGGUUCAGACGUCAACGCAAGGAUGAGCGGAGUUUUUUUGUUCUUUGGGUUUGGUGGGUGUUUACUGGUUAAAAUUACAGCCUGCAUUCGGUUGCAUUGGGUUGGCAGGUUGGUAGGUUGCAGUCUUUGGGCAGAGAAAUAUUGAUCUGUACGAGUACGAGGAGCACAGUUACCGGUUUGGGACCUUUUUUCCCUUCUUGCGGACAGCUGCUGGGUCCAUCGAGAUGGGUUAUGUUAGUAUGUCUGCCUUUUGCGCCGGCAAGGUUACAGGAAGAUAGUCAAGAUCUGUCAAUGGAUGACGGUUCAAGAUGG